UGGUUUUUUUUUUUGUUUGUCAAAGCUCUAUUGUGGUUCUCAACUCUCAAGGCAUAGCUUUGUUGCGAAGACUAGCCUCAAACUCGAAGAUGGUAGUCCAUUACUGGACAGCCCUAUUUCUAGUGUUGCCUUGCCUAUUCAGUAUUUCAGAUGCUAGUGCCGGCGAUGCUGAUCCAAAUUACAGGACAUGUGUUUCAGAGUGCGAGAUAAGCGGUUGUGUUGGACAAGUGUGCUUUCCUCAGUGCAAUUCUUCAUCCAAUGGUGGUCCAUGGUACAUACAAGAACCUCUGUAUUUACAAUGGCAAAAGUGGGGCUGUCAAGGUGAUUGCCGUUAUCACUGUAUGGUUAACAGAGAGAAAGAACGGGAAUCUCUCGGUCAGGUCCCGGUUAAGUAUCAUGGUAAAUGGCCCUUCAAGCGUGUCCUUGGGAUACAGGAGCCUGCGUCUGUUGCUUUCUCUGUGCUCAACCUAGCGAUGCAUUUCCAUGGUUGGCUUUCCUUUUUCAUCACGCUCUACUAUAAGUUGCCUCUGAAACAAGACAAGACGGCUUACUAUGAAUACGUCGGUUUGUGGCAUAUCUACGGGCUCCUGUCCAUGAACUCUUGGUUCUGGAGUGCUGUAUUCCACAGCAGGGAUGUUGACCUCACAGAGAGGCUGGACUACUCAUCCGCAGUAGCCGUUCUCGGAUUCUCACUCAUCUUAUCCAUCUUAAGAACCUUUGAUGUUCGGGUCGAGGCUGCAAGAGUCAUGGUAUCCGCUCCAAUAUUAGCUUUCGUCACCACCCACAUACUGUACAUUAACUUCUACAAACUCGACUAUGGUUGGAACAUGAUUGUGUGUGUGGCCAUGGGAGUCAGUCAGCUUCUCCUAUGGGCGAGGUGGGCAGCUGUCUCGAGACAUCCUUCUAAUUGGAAACUUUGGGUGGUUGUGAUAGCUGGAGGCUUAGCUAUGCUUUUAGAGAUAUAUGAUUUUCCUCCAUAUGAAGGCUACUUCGAUGCUCACUCGAUCUGGCACGCUGCCACAAUUCCUCUUACCAUACUCUGGUGGAGCUUUAUUAGAGACGAUGCUGAGUUCAGAACUUCCAGUCUUCUCAAAAAGUCCAAGACAAAGGCAAAGUAAGUAACAUAUUUCAGAAGGAUUUUUAUUUGAUUUGCACGAUUUCUCUCGACCAUAAAAUCACAAGCACUGCGGGGAAAAACAAAAAGGUGGGACUGUGGAUUCAAAACAUCAAGAAGAAAGCAGAGUCUUUUGUUUAAAGCUAGGUGGUCUGUGGUUUUAUUCUGCGACAGAUUCAGAGGUUCCUAUGUUUUUGUUCUAAUUUUAUUCAGAGAUUUGUCUUGGCCUUACUUUUGGUCAAUUGAGAUUUUGAUAUCAGUUUCUCAUCCAUACACAAGCUUUUGCCAAUCUUGGAGUCAGUCCUUUGUCAAUAUUUUCAGA